UCAUGGCCUCUUCUUCCAAAACCAACCAAGAUUUUGAUCCAGCAAAACAACAAGAGGAUGAGAAAGAGAGAGAUUGGCUUGAGUUAGGUUUAGGGUUUGGCUCAGUCUGCAAAAACCCAGUAGAUAUGUCAAGCUCAGCUUCGUCAUCUUCCACUUCUUCUUUGCCUUUACAACAAACCCAACAAAGAUUAGAAUUAGGGUUAGGGUUAGGGUUAGGGUUAGGGUUUGGUAAUGAGUGUGUGGCUCUACCAGCUGGAAGUAACUAUGAUCUUUAUCAUCAUGAUCAUAACAUGGUGUCAUCAUUAGGUUUGUUCACAUCACCAUCAUUGUUAUCUUGGCCAUUGCAUGUAGAUGUAGAUUCAUCAAAUAGCUUUCUCGGCCUUCAUGACCGGUUAAUGCCGGUUCCAGAUGAUACCUAUCAUAGACCCCAUCCUGGAUUGUGGUUCACACUGCGCUCCUCAAUCAACAGGAAUGGAGAAGAGCUGCCCCAGUUAGCAAAGGCGUACAUUAGAGUGAAAGAUGAGAACGUGACAGUUUUCAUGGUUAAGACAUACCUGGUUAGAAAGCUUGGUCUCUCCAAUGAAGCUGAGGUUGAUAUUUCAUGCAUGGGGCAGAAGUUGUGGCAGUGGCAGACUUUGAAGCAAGUAAGAGAUGCAAUAUGGUUUCCAGGGUUGGUUGAAUCUCUGAAUUAUUCAUCACAGAAUUCAGAAUCAAAUGCCAUGUUUCUAUAUCAGCAUCAUCAUCUCAUGUCUUUAAAUUAUGGAAGACCAUGCUUCUUCAAUUAAUUAAUUAACAAUAAUUGUGCUUAUGCCUAAUUAAUUUUACCACUUUUUUAUUUUUUUAUUUUUGGGUCGGGGAGGGGAAGGGGAAGGGGAUGGAGGGAAAGCAGAUCCUGAGGCUCAAUCCAGAUUGAUGAGUUAGCUUAAUUGAGUUUGAAGCUUUUUCACUGUAUCACUUUUAUUUUUGCUCUCACUCUAGUUCUCAAAUUGUAUAAAUGUGGGAAAUAUUGCUUCGUAAUGUUUUAUAUAUUAUUGUCUUUCGGCGCAUAAUUUAUUGGAUGCAAAUAAGGUACCGC